AUGACCAGCUCAGCGCCAGAGCUCAGCAAGGCAGAAAGGAAUGGGCAGAAGGAGUGGUGUUAUUUCCUUGGAUUUGUCCUGCCCGCCCUCACAUCUGGGGACAAAUCCAAGGUGGUCCCCCUCGCCAUCGAAAUUGCUGGUGUCUCUCGAGUGCGGAACACGCCAAGGGCCGGCGGUGGAGGGACAGGCCUCUCUGCAGGUGAGGCCGAGAUCAUCAGGGGCAUCGGGCCAUCUCAUCCUCUUGCCCUGACCCAAGCCCUGGUGCCCAAGGGCCAUGUAUCCUAA